AUGGUUUUAGUGCAUGAUUUAACAUUUUCAUUUGCUGAGAAUGAAGAUUUUAAUCAUUUUAUGAGAACUGUGAGCCCUAAUUGGGAAAAAAUAAGUAGAGGCCUUUCAAAAAAAGAUUGUAUAUCUGCUUAUGACAUUGAGAAAAAAAGAGUAACUUCAUUGUUGAAAGAAGUUGAUCGAGUUAGUAUCACUACUGAUUUAUGGACAUCUACGGUGCAAGAUGUAGAGUAUAUGGUUGUUACUUGUCAUUUUGUGGAUUAUGAAUGGAAAUUACAAAAACGUAAGUUAUGCUUUCGUUCUAUUAUCCCUCCACACACUGGUGUUGUUGUUUGUGAUGAAUUAGCAAGAUGCAUAGCUGAUUGGGGUCUUGGGAAAAAGUUGAUGAGUGUCUCAGUUGAUAAUGCAAGUUAUAAUGAUGUUGCUGUGAAUUUGAUGAAAGCUAAUCUAAAUUUGAACAAUCAUAAUGCACUUGUGCUUGAUGGGAAAUUAUUUCAUGUGAGGUGUUGUGCACAUAUUUUAAAUCUCUUGGUUCAAGAUGGGCUUGGUGAAAUUAGUGAUAUAGUUUGCAAUGUGCGUGCAAGUGUGAAGCAUAUCAGUAAAAGUGUAUCUCGUCUUACCAUGUUAAGUGACAUUACUAAGCAAUUAAAUCUGUCAAAUAAAAAGCUUGCUCUUGAUGUUUGCACAAGAUGGAAUGCUACAUAUUACAUGCUUCAAGCCGCUCUAGAUUUGAAGGAUGUCUUUCCUAGAUAUCAACUAAGAGAUUCAAACUACCAUUACUUGCCAUCAGAAGAAGAUUGGAGUAAAGUCCAAACUGUUUGCACAUUUCUUGAAGAAUUUCAUUAUGUUACAAAUGUUAUUUCAGGUUGUGAGUAUCCUACUUCAAAUUUGUUUCUCCUUGAACUCACAACUGUGAAGAAAGCUUUGUCUAGACAUGUGAAAGGUGAUAAUGAUUUUAUGAGACAAAAUGGCGAGCAAGAAUGA